AUGACGUCGUCCUCCAGCCCGCCUCCUUUCAGGCUUGAGACUGCAGAUGAUGACCAGGAAGAUGACACCAAGGAGGACAGAGGAAAUCUGGGCCUUGGGGAUGGGCCACCCCCCAUGGAAUCACCCUUCCAGCCUGAGGACAAGAACUUCCCCCCUCAGAUCAAAGUGGUUACUAACUACAGAAAACUUGUCAGAAAGCCAGACCCGAACAGAUUUAAUCGUGACCGGCUAUUCAGUGUGGUCUCCCGGGGCGUCUCUGAAGAGCUGGCUGGAUUGGCAGAGUACUUGCGCCGGGAGCACAAAUACCUCACUGAUCAGCUAUUCACAGAGGGCUCCACAGGGAAGACAUGUCUAAUGAAGGCUGUGCUGAACCUUCGUGAAGGCACCAAUGCCUGCAUCCUGCCGCUGCUGCAGAUUGACCAUGACUCUGGCAAUAGCAAGCCCCUUGUCAACGCCCAGUGCACGGAUGACUACUACCGAGGCCACAGUGCCCUGCACAUCGCCAUCGAGAAGCGAAGCCUGCCGUGUGUGAAGCUUCUGGUAGAGAAUGGGGCAGACGUGCAUGCCCGGGCCUGUGGCCACUUCUUCCAGAAGAGGAGCCAAGGGGCUUGCUUCUAUUUUGGCGAGCUGCCCCUCUCUCUGGCUGCGUGUACCAAACAGUGGGACGUGGUAACCUACCUCCUGGAGAACCCGUACCGGCAGGCCAGCCUGCAGGCCGCUGACUCUCUGGGCAACACUGUGCUGCAUGCCCUGGUGAUGAUUGCUGACAACUCAGCGGAGAACAGUGCACUGGUGAUCCGCAUGUACGACGCGCUCCUGCAGGCUGGCAUCCGCCACUGCCCCUCCGUGCAGCUGGAGAACAUUGCCAACAAGCAGGGCCUCACUCCUCUGAAACUGGCCGCCAAGGAGGGCAAAAUCGAGAUUUUCAGACACAUCCUGCAGCGGGAGUUCUCCGGGCCAUGCCAGUCCCUUUCCCGCAAGUUCACUGAGUGGUGCUAUGGGCCUGUCCGGGUGUCACUGUACGACCUGGCUUCUGUGGACAGCUGGGAGGAGAACUCAGUGCUGGAGAUCAUCGCCUUCCAUUGCAGAAGCCCACAUCGACACCGAAUGGUAGUUUUGGAGCCUCUGAACAAACUGCUGCAGGCGAAAUGGGAUCUGCUCACCCCCAAGUUCUAUUUCAACUUCCUGUGUUACUUGGUCUACAUGGUCAUCUUUACUGCUGUGGCCUACCAUCAACCUGCUCUGGAAAAGACCUUCCGCUCCCUGAAAGCAACGGCUGGAAACUCCAUGCUGUUACUGGGCCACAUCGUAAUCCUGCUUGGGGGGCUGUACCUCCUCUUGGGCCAGCUGUGGUACUUCUGGAGACGCCGCGUUUUCAUCUGGAUCUCUUUCAUGGACAGCUACUUCGAGAUCCUCUUCCUGCUCCAGGCCCUGCUCACAGUGGUGUCUCAGGUGCUGUGUCUCCUGACCAUUGAGUGGUAUCUGCCCCUGCUUGUGUCCUCACUGGUGUUGGGCUGGCUGAACCUGCUAUACUAUACACGUGGCUUCCAGCACACAGGCAUCUACAGUGUCAUGAUCCAGAAGGUCAUCCUGAGGGACCUGCUCCGCUUUCUUCUGGUCUACUUUGUCUUCCUUUUUGGCUUUGCUGUAGCCCUGGUGAGCCUGAGCAGGGAGACCUGGGGCUCAGAGGCCCCCACUGGCCUCAAUGCCACAGAUGCGGUGCAAGGAAAGAUGGGAGCGGAGGAUGAGGGUGGCACGGCCCCAUAUGGGGGCAUCCUGGAUGCUUCCUUGGAGCUCUUCAAGUUCACCAUCGGCAUGGGCGAUCUGGCCUUCCAGGAGCAGCUGCGCUUCCGUGGGGUGGUGCUGCUGCUAUUACUGGCUUAUGUGCUGCUUACCUACAUCUUACUGCUCAACAUGCUCAUCGCCCUCAUGAGUGAGACCGUCAACAACGUCGCCAAUGACAGCUGGAGCAUCUGGAAGCUGCAGAAAGCCAUCUCUGUCUUAGAGAUGGAGAAUGGUUACUGGUGGUGCCGGCAGAAGAAGCAGCAGGCAGGGGUUAAGCUGACGGUGGGUACCACGCCAGAAGGUAUCCCUGAUGAGCGCUGGUUCUUCAGGGUGGAAGAAGUGAACUGGGCCUCCUGGGAGCAGACGCUGCCCACGGUGUGUGAGGAGCCAGCAAGAGUCCAAGUCCCUGGUGCUACAAACAACCCCACUGUGGACUCCCAAACUGAGGAGGACUAUGCCUCAGAGGAAGACCUUCUGCCCCUCCAGCAGCUGGAGUCCCGCUGA